AUGGAGGAUGCCGAGAUGGAGGAUUUCAUCACUCAGCACGCCGCUUCCCUGCAGCCCGUGUCGCCGGACAUCAUCCGGGCCGUGCCGGCACACCAAGCCCUCUGUAGAUUCGCGCGCCCGCUGCGGGGCGGGCCCCCAGAUCAUCGCGCCAGCUACCAGACCAGUCGGAUCUCCACGUUCUGGAGCCACAGUUGGCAUGGAAACCCAUGGCUGAAGGCACUGACUGCCCUCUGGCUCUACAACUCGCUUCCGGCCGCGGUCGUAUCGACGGCUGGAGCUUUGGUAGCUGCCGGCCUCUACUUCCUGGAGAUCCUUCCUGGCCUGGACUACUGGGAGAAGGGCUACGAGUAUCCUCGCAGCUUGUGGGCCUCCGGCGUGGGCAUCGUUCUCUACGGUACGACGCUCUUCCUGUGGCCGGCGCGGCAACCCAUUUUUCUUGACAUACUCUGCAUAGACCAGCACGAUUCGGCGCGGAAAACCGCCGGAAUCCUCUCCAUGGGCGCAUUUCUGAAGUGCUCGGAGUCGAUGCUCGUCCUCUGGGAUCGGACCUACACCCACCGGCUCUGGUGCAUCUUCGAGCUCUCGGCGUACUUGCACAGCCGCCCAGAUGGGGCAAAACAUAACCUCGUCGUGCGGCCCGUGUUGUUGGGACCCUGCUACCUGCUGCUGACCCUGGCCCUCACCAGCAUCACUGUCGCCGUUGGGAGCAUCCCGGAGGAGAACAAGGCUGUCCUUUGGUCGACGCAGGCAGUGAUCCUGGCUGUUGCCUUCUACCCCAGCGUGGCCUCAUACCGCCAGUACUUCCGCGCACUGGAAGGCCUGCAUUGCGAGCUCGAGACUUUCACGUUGCAAGGCACGGAGUGCGAGUGUUGCCGCUUGGACCACGUCAGGAACGGGGAGCGUCUGGCCUGCGACCGGCAGGUGGUCCUGCGAUGCCUGACCUCUUGGUUUGGCAGCGCAGCCCACUUCGAGGAGCUGGUGCGCUCGGAAGUGCUACAGACCCUCAUGCACGAGCUGUCCACCGAGUUCUUCAGGUACAAGCGCUGCAUCGCACCUCUCAUCCCGGUCGCCUGGUCGUAUUUGGACACGGCAUCCGCCGAGGCUCGGAAGCACUGGGGUGUAGGAAGGCACCUCUACACGGAGGUCACGAAGGAGCUCGUGCGGGGCGCCGCAUGGUGGCUCUGCGUCGUGCCCUCCCUUCUCUUGGUGUUCCUGCGGCUUGCGCAUUGCUUGCGGGCAAAGCCCUCCAAGCCAUGCUGCGACUUGCUGAUCAACGCGCUGAUCCUGCUGUGCGUUGUGGCAAUGUUUUUAGCCGCCGUGCAGCUGGAGUUUGCCUGCAUGCUGGCGCACAGUGCCAUCGUUCCCGUAGACUCCGACUGGAGGGGUAUGCACACGGCCAUGAUGUUCUUUGCCGCUCUCUCCUUGCCUGCGGCGGCCCUGCUCUUCCGCUGCUGCGGCGUGCGCCCGGUGUUCCCCCGCUUCGACCCUCGCAAGAACUGUCACACUUUCGAGGAGGCCCCCGCGGAUCGAUCGCAAGCGACGCAAGGGAAGGCCGGUACCAGGAUCCAGCUCUAG